GAUUUGCGCUCUCACGACUCUCUCGAAUAGACCCCAGUUUCACACCCAUUGCUCGAUAUAAGGAAGUGAAAGUAUACACAUGGAGGGUGUGUCUUUUCCAUCAAAUAUAUAUAUUAUUUUAUAAAGUCCUCGCUGGAUAAUAAUGGGGGACGCUGCAAAGGUUAAACGGCGGGAACAGCUGAAGGACUGGGCUGGCUCGAGAACGGACCGAGAACCGCCUGUGCCCAGACGAAGGUGGCGGGGCGAUGUCGAGGAUGUUGACCAGACGGAGGCCGUAGACAACGCCAAGCUAAAGGACCCUUCUCGGGAUGUAAAUACCACAGGGGAAGCCAGUCACCUACUCAAACGAAGGAGGCGAGUGAGGUUCGACAUAGCAGCGGAGUUCCUGGCUGCUUGUGCCAGUGGAGACAUAGAUGAAGCCAAGGAGAUGCUGAGAGAGGCGAGUGAGAUGGAGGGAAAGAACGGAGAGCGUCACCAGGCAGAGAUUGUCAACUGUGCCAACGCUGACGGAAUCACAGCCCUUCACCAGGCGUGUAUAGAUGGGAGCAUGGAUGUGGUGUUGUUUCUUUUGGCCCAUGGUGCCAAUGUCAACCAGGUGGAUAGUGAGGGCUGGACUCCUCUGCAUGUGGCCGCCACCUGUGGAAACCUGGAGAUCAUUGAUUUCCUCCUGCAGCGGGGUGCCUCUCUGUGUGCCGUGAACUGUGACGGGGACGUCCCCCUGGACAUUGCCGAGGACGAGGCCACAGAGUCCUUCCUCCAGGCGUACACACAGAGACAAGGUGUGGAUGUGGAGGCAGCUAAGCGGGUGGAGGAGGAGCAGAUCAUGACGGACGCCCGGGCCUGGCUGACGGAGGGGCUGCCCUCGGACCUCCGCCACCCUCGGACCGGGGCCACACCCCUGCACGUAGCGGCAGCCAAGGGCUACCUGGAGGCCAUCAAGCUGCUGUGCCAGUGUGGGCUGGAAGUGUCGGCCAUGGACUGCGACGGCUGGACGCCCCUCCACGCCUCGGCUCACUGGGGCCAGGGAGAGGCCUGCCAGAUCCUGGCCGAACACCUGUGCGACAUGGAGGCCCGCAGCAACGGGGGUCAGACGCCGUUUGAUGUCGCUGACGAGAGCGUGGCCGCCCUGCUGAAGGAGCUGUCGCUGAAGCAAGCCAACUGGCGUAACGAACAGUCCUUCGUGGACAGACUGAACCAGCCGGGAUCCGCUGCUGCCAACGCCCAGAACAAACGGCGGAGGACCUCCGUGUGCAGGAUGAGCAGCAGGGACAAGAUGAACGUCCAGGACCAGUCGAAGGAGAGGGGCGUGUCGGGAGGGUUGGAGCUGAACGAGGAGAGAGAGAGCGGCUCAGAGAGUUCCGCUGUGUCCAGUCCUGAUAGUGAGAGUGUCCCCACCCCCGCACACAGCCCUGUUGAGAAGACUCCGGAGGAGCGGGAUGUGGAGGAGAAGGAGCAGGACCUGGCCAGCCGCACCGCCCGGGUCCCGCCCACUCCCCAGAGGAGGGACAGCCCGGCAGAGAGCCCCAACAACCCCAACGCUGACAGGCGCAAGUUCCAGGCCCCAGUCAGAGAUGAAGAGUCUGAGUUCCAGAGGAAAGCCCGCUCACGUCUCAUGCGACAGUCUCGACGCUCCACCCAGGGCGUGACCCUCACUGACCUGAAGGAGGCAGAGAAGACGGUGGUUAAACCUGCGGAGCCGCCGCGCUCCGUCCAGCCCGUCAGCCCCAUCGUCACCAUCACGCCUGCAGAGAGAGACACUGACCCAGUGAGGCUGGAGGAGCCCGAGGGAGAGUCUCGUCUGGGAGUGAGGGAGAAACGGCGGGGGAGGAAGGAGAGACGCUCCACUGGGAUCGUCCAGCUGCCUGGAGAGAAUGAAGACGAGAACGAGUUCUGUCUGGGUGAUUCUCACGCCAAGGACCCUCCGAGUGAGUCUCAAUCUGGGCAUUCGUCACCUGACUACAAGACGCUGUACUCGGAGGUGGUGGAGAAGAACAGCCUGCUGAAGGAGCGUCUGCAGGAGACGGAGCUGCUGCUCAGCCAGAGCAAGGUGGAGCUGGAGAAACUCCGACAGAGUCAAGAAGAGAGCAGUGCUGACAGACCGGCUCUGCUAGAACUGGAAAGAUUUGAGAAAAGAGCACUCCAGAGAAGAGCGUUGGAACUGGAGGAUGAAUUAAAGGUUUUGGUGGACCUCCGAGCAGACAACCAGAGGCUGAAGGAUGAGAAUUCUGCCCUGAUCCGAGUCAUCAGCAAACUCUCCAAAUGAGCGGCUCGCCUUUUGCGAAAGACCCGCGAACCAAGCAAAGUGUUAAAAGUAACAAAUUCCUUCUUUAGCCCAUCUCAAAAGGCACAAACCAGGGAACACAAGCCCCUUCCACUGCUCUGAUUUUGAAAGACCAACAGCACAUUAGUCAAUUGACUAAUCAGGAACUGGAAAGACGAGAUGUUCAGGGUUAUUUCUGUGGUUUGGCCUCAAGUUAGUCGAUCCACUGUGUACCAAGCUGAACAGCACCUCCUAUGGAUUUACAGGGUACUGUAGGCCGUUCCUGUUAAUCUAUGUUUGAUCCUCACCGCUCUUAUUUUACUGGAAUAUUUUUUAUGUGCUUCGCUUCUGCUUUAAAGCCAUGCAAAAAACAAACAAGAACAUGAUUAUAAUUGUGAGUAUAUACCACUAGACACCUAUGUUGGACAGGGCUAAUAAUGUCAAAGUCAGACAUUUGGUCCUAUGAACAAAUCGAGGGGACCUUAUUAGAAUUAGACCCAAAACAACAAAAAUGGUCUUGUAAAUGUGCCAAAAAACAAACAAAUAUGGGCUCCCCCCUCAUGUCUAGCUAGUAUUGCAUGUUCUUUGGGGAAAAGGUGAAGUGAUUGGUGUGUGUCUCUCUCAGGAUGAGUUUGGGUCAAUACUCAACUUGAGCUGACUACUGUAAAGUUGGACCAAACUGUAUUUUACUGCAUGUUUAUUUCCCUCUCCUGUGAAUGUAUAUUUAUGUGUAUAUUUAAGUACAUGGGCUCCUCUCCUGAUGCUGCGGUGGUCUCUUGUACAAGGACCAAGAUGGUGGGUGCUCAUAGUGUGACUGAGACCUGUUGGUUCCUAGAUGCAGGCAAGAUGGGUCAAGUCUUUUUGAAUGUUUACUGCAAUUUUUUUUAAAGUAAAAUGCAUGCCAAAUUGUAUUUUGACAAUGUGCCUUUCUAUAUAUAUUUGUAAUUAAUAUUUCUAUUUUGCUUUGGCAAAAGUACACAAAGUCAAAAAUAAAAUACAGUAUGGUAACUAAAGGUUAUUACCUCCGGUAAUGCUUCUUUUCUCGAUCUUGAUGCUCAGUCUUCCUAAAUUUUGACAGUUGGGUUGGGUUUAAUAGUUUGACCCAGUGCAGCUGAACCAGAGAAUCCUUAAACACUCUCUGGCUGAACUGUGCCGCUGUGGGCUUCCUCCUCUGAGACCCUGGGUUUGAAACAAGAAACAGGCUUGUGACAAACCAUCUGGUCGAAUUAUCGCUGGUAGAAAUAAAAACCAUACUCAAAAUGAGGUUGUAACACAACUUUCAUGACAUGUUUGUCAUGACAGUGUAUGCACUAACCUGAAAGUUGAUUACAGCCUCAUUGCUUCUACUACUACAAAAUACUGUGGCAAAGUUGAACGGUGGAUGGACCAUCAGAAUGCUCCAGGACAGUUAAGUUUCGAUUCAGCUUGAUGUCACCAUUUCCCUGGUAUGACGUGAGUCGAAGGGCUGUAUAUAAAUAACAGCUGACAAACCUGAGUUUUGUUGCCUGUUUCGUCUGGUUCUUACGUCACAUCAAAAUACCUGAGAAGUACUGUUCUCUCUUCUGCAAGUUCCCACAAGUCUAGAAGCUACAGUUGAAAAUCUACUUGAAUUGGCAUUAUGGUAUACAACAGAAUGCAACUAUGCUUCUAGAGCAAAAACCAUUGAUGUUUAUUGAUAUUCAAUUCAAAUGGUGGAUGUAUUGUUAUAAGGAUUAUAAAUUGUGGUGUAUAACCAUCCUCUCUUUUGCUUUUUGUGUCAACGUGCUGCAUCUUUGCUUCUCUGAGUAUCUGUACUCUGCACUGUCUGCACUCUCUGGUGUACUCUAUGCUCUCUCUCUGUCUCUAUUCUCUCUCUGUGAUGGCCGGAAGGGCGCAGAUAAAUGGCUGUAUGUAGCCAGUACACUACACAUGUACAAAAAACAUACAAUGGCUGAAAUAUGCCACCAAACGGCUUGAUGCCACCAGACAAACGGCUUGAUGCCACCAAACAAACGGCUUGAUGCCACCAAACAAAUGGCUGCCAGACGUCAUUGAAGCCACAACCGGACAGCAUUGAAGCCACAACCAGAUGGCAUUGAAGCUACCAAGUUUGAUUCCGGUCAUGUAUUCCUUUCUUGUUUUCAUUUGAAUACAGUCAUUUCAAUUAACGUUUAGUUUGCAGAAUAAGAUUUCAUGUCACCUGUCAUUUCUCUAAUCAUAAUUUUGGAUCUCCCUAGGCUUGUCAAGCGACACACAACCUGCUCAAAGUGGAUUUGGACCUUAUUCAGCAAUGCGUAAAACUCCAGGGUCUCGUUUUGUCUGGAGAGGAGGACAUGGACUGGGCUGAUAUGUCUGGAGGAAUAACCUGCUGUCAUGAAGAUGAAGAAUGUGAGGAGAUGGACUGGAAGUUAAGUAAUCCAAGUUUCUGGAUCUGGAGGCAAAAAGAAUUUGAUGAUGACGACUAAGCACAUCUUGUCACAAUGACAUUGAUCAUCUGAGUCAAGAUACAGGUUGACGAAGGCCGUGAUGGACAGUUCAAACCUGUGCUUUCCUCUGUCACCAACCAUCUCUGGAGGAGGGGAUCCCUCACCGAAUUGCUCCUCCCAAGGUUUCUUCCAAUUUUUCUCAAUUAGUUUUUCUGGGAGUUUUUCCUUGUCUUCCUUGAGGGUUUAGGUUGGUUGAGGGGCAGUUAUAUGGGCGUUUGUGAAGCCCUGUGACAUUGCUUGUAAAAAGUUUAUUUUUAUACGCUGUAAAUACAAGUCUGAACUUGGCCUCGCCACAAAACCUUUUCUGACACAUUUGGCUGGACGAUUGUUUGAAAUCUACGUUCUACGGUCCAUUAACUUUUAACAGACCAUGGAUGGACUGCAGUAGAUUUAACCCAAAAGUAAGAUUCCUCUCAAGGAUUUUUUCCUGGAGUUCUCUUUCCUGUUUCUGUGGGUUUUUAGGUUACCUGUGAGGACAAUGAUAUAGUCUAAUUACCAUUUUACAAGCAAUCAGAUUAACCAGUCAAAUAUACUUAAUAGUUGCAUGUUAUUGUGCAUAUAAGCCAGGGUCGGCUCCAAGGGGGCGCAUUGACGGACAAUGCCCGCCCAAAUUGAAUGCUGUGCCCCCUCAAAAAAAUAACUUUGUUAAAGUAUAAAUAGGUGUGUCAUAAUUCUGUCUGAGUUGAUAUGAUGAUGCUUUAAAAAUAAUAAAUAUAAUGAAUUGUUCAUAUUCAAUCCAUCGUAGAGGAUUAUUCUGCCUCUUUUGUUGAAAUGUCUGUCCCUAUCUAAAUCCCAUAAGUCCCAACAAUGUAACUUCAGGCACCAAAGUAAUUCUUUCACCAAACACUGUGAAAUUCUGUAUUACUCUUAAAAGUGCUCCAAA